ACUUCCUAAACCAUAAAAUCACUUAAAACGAUGAAGAAAUAAUCUUCUUCAGAAAAACUUCGCCACUUAUCUUCAGUCCAGUGUUCCACUAAACCUCCUCAAAACCCACCAAAACGACAGCGUUCAAAUGCUUCGUUCUCUCACUUCCAAGCGCUCUCUCCAAUCCCUUCUCCACUACCACCACCACCCUCUCCUCCGUCCAAAUCCGCACCCUACCCCUUUCAAUCCCCGCCCCUUCUCUUCUACACCGGGUCCCACCACAUCCGAAUCCGAACUCCGUAAAUACAUCGGCUACACACUUCUCCUCUUAGGGUGUGGUGCUGCCACAUACUAUUCCUUCCCUUUCCCCGAAAACGCCAAACACAAAAAAGCUCAGUUAUUCCGCUACGCUCCGUUACCCGAUGACCUUCACACGGUGUCCAAUUGGAGCGGGACCCACGAGGUGCAGACCCGAACUUUCUUGCAACCCGAGGCGAUUGAAGAGCUCGAAGGGAUAGUGAAGACUGCGAAUGAGAAGAAGCAAAGGAUCCGGCCUGUCGGGUCGGGUUUGUCGCCCAAUGGUAUCGGGUUGACCCGAGCUGGGAUGGUGAAUUUGGCGUUAAUGGAUAUGGUUUUGUAUGUGGAUGAGGAGAAGAAAACGGUUACUGUUCAAGCUGGGAUAAGGGUUCAGCAGCUUGUGGAUGCUAUUAAGGAGUAUGGGAUUACUCUUCAGAACUUUGCAUCCAUAAGAGAACAGCAAAUCGGUGGCAUUGUCCAGGUUGGUGCCCAUGGCACUGGUGCCAAGUUGCCUCCAAUUGAUGAGCAAGUCAUAAGCAUGAAAUUGGUUACUCCUGCCAAAGGCACAAUAGAAAUUUCGAAAGAGAAAGAUCCAGAACUCUUUUAUCUAGCUCGAUGUGGACUUGGGGGCCUUGGUGUGGUUGCGGAAGUCACUCUUCAGUGUGUUGAGAGGCAGGAGCUUGUAGAACAUACUUUCCUGUCUAACAUGAAAGAUAUCAAGAAAAAUCACAAGAAAUUCCUAUCCGAGAACAAGCAUGUCAAAUACUUGCACAUUCCAUAUACUGAUGCAGUUGUGGUUGUGACAUGCAAUCCUAUAUCUAAAUCGCGAGGUCCACCAAAGCAUAAACCUAAAUAUACUACAGAAGAAGCCUUGCAGCAUGUACGAGUUCUCUAUCGGGAGUCAUUGAAGAAGUACAGAGGGCAAGUUGCUGAUUCUGGUUCUCCUGAACCUGAGAUAGAUGAACUAUCAUUCACUGAACUGAGAGAUAAAUUACUUGCUUUGGAUCCUCUCAACAAGGAGCAUGUAAUUGAAAUCAACAAAGCUGAGGUGGAAUUCUGGAGGAAAUCAGAAGGAUAUCGAGUAGGCUGGAGUGAUGAAAUUUUAGGCUUUGACUGUGGUGGCCACCAAUGGGUGUCAGAGACAUGUUUCCCUGCAGGAACCCUGUCAAAGCCUAGCAUGAAAGACCUGGAGUACAUUGAGGAAUUGAUGCAGCUCAUUGAGAAAGAAAGUGUGCCUGCUCCUGCACCUAUAGAACAGAGAUGGACUGCUUGCAGCAAAAGCCGAAUGAGUCCAGCUUAUAGCUCAGCGGAUGAUGAUAUAUUCUCAUGGGUUGGAAUAAUUAUGUAUCUUCCAACCAUGGAUGCUCGGCAGAGGAGGCAAAUCACUGAGGAGUUCUUCCACUACAGGCAUAUGACGCAAGCACAGUUGUGGGAUCAUUAUUCUGCUUUUGAGCAUUGGGCGAAGAUUGAGGUUCCUAAGGACAAGGAAGAGCUCGCCGCUCUGCAGGAAAGGCUAAAGAAGAAAUUUCCGGUGGAUGCAUACAAUCAAGCACGAAAGGAGCUGGACCCAAACCGCAUCCUUUCUAAUAACAUGCUUGAGAAGCUCUUCAUCUGAGGCUGUGUAACUGGUUUCUUGGUUGGUUUACAUCUUUCUUGUCAAAUCAUUUUAUUGAUAGUGAUAUUCAUCAUCAUGUUUCUUUCAAAGCAAAUAUUUUGCGGAGGAAAAUUUUGUCCUGUACAUUGUUGUUCAGAAUGUUAGUUAAAGGAAUUGUUAUAAUAAUGCUUGUCAUGCAUUGUAUAUGCUUGAGCCAGUCUCCAACUUGAUUACCGACUUCAAGGACAAUUUAUGGAUAAAUCUGGAAUCUAGUCUGAGGUUAAGAAGAAUUAGUUAUGACUUCAAGUAUGUUGUUUCAGUAAGGAUGAUGCAGCCUCUACUAGGCCAGUUCUGCACACCGUUUCUUGAGCAGUUUUCUGAGGAUUCUAAUGUACUCUGAAUAGUUUGGACUAUUGUUGAGCCUAAAUUUUAUUUUCCUGCAGCAGCCAAAUUCUUGUGAAUAGAACAUGUCAUGGUUGUUUUAAA